UUAACAACAUUUGCUAUGUCUUGUUUAAAACUGCAGGGUUUACACAUCUUGUAUCUACUGCAUUUGGAAGAAAGAGCAGAGCGUAGACAUGAACACAAAUACCACGGAGGGACAGACAUUCAUACAGUCAAACUCAAAUCCUGCUAUAAAAAAAUGUCGAGCUUGGUUGGAUCCAUAAUCCGUGCAGGCCUGAGGAGAACAUGCAAACUGCAAACAGGAAACCUCACAAGAAAAUUCAAACACAUACAGUAAAAGGCGGAGUCAUUUUUGCCAGUCUUAAAACUUAUAGACAUUUUUGUUUAAAAAAAAUAUAUAUAUAAAAAAUUUUUUGUGCACUUCAGUUGCAGACUUUUUUCCUGUUUAUUAUACAUUGUAUUUAAAGGUGCUGUAAAAAUGAAGCUGCAGGGUUGGAAGUAUUUGGGCAAAAAUCCUUUUAGAACAUCAGAUAGAUUUUUGGCUUCCUAAGAAAGCUUUGCAUUAAAUGAAAUCACAACAGUUUUUGCAUGAAUCAUUUUUCGACUGCUUAUGUCGCCUCAAUCAUUUUUAUUCAAUGACUUAACACGACUGAAUAAAAAUCCAGAGUGCUGUUUGCAGAGGAAGAACAGAUUGCAACGAUAACUGUUAACAUGCAAAUGUGCAUGUAUUUACCUAAAUGCUGCUGACUCAAUUGGUAAGACACUCAUCUCUCUCCAUGCAGCUGCAGCUUCUGUGUUUUUGCUGCUGGCACAAAUGAAAAAUGAGCAGCAGGAUUCAGGUGAUGUGCUGACAGCACUGAAUUGAUGGGAGCAAUUUUAGCUGCAAUUUUAGCUAAGAUAGAAACCUUCUUAAGCCUGUUAGCCUUUUUGAUAAUCAAUCAUCUUGUAAAGGUAAGUUUCCUUCAUUUUUUUCCAUUUGUAGUCUUAAAAUGCUGUUUUUUCCCCAACAGCCAGAUUAGGACAUUUUUGUUAUGAGACUUUUGUCAUAAUCACACUUUCCACCUCAAAAAUAACCUUCCUCGUUUUAACCAAAACCAUAUAACGGCUUCAUGUUGCAGGCAGUUUUCUGUGAAAAUUAAUGUCAUUAGUUAUGACUUUUUUUGUGUUCAUACCAUUUCUUUUUUUUACCUUGCACAUCUCAAAUAGAACACUUACUUUCAGUCUCUACAGCAUAGGCUCUCUGGUCAUUUUUCACCUUUAAAUAUCUCCCUUUAAUCUUGCUUGUUUUGACCUCUUCUUACAUUUGUCCUGUUUUUUUUUACCCUCCACAGAACUCCACCAUCACAGAAGAUCAAAGCAUCAAAAGUUACAGCAAUUCUUCAACCAACCGUCCUCCUCUGCCUGUGCUGUGAUCUGCAUCUCCAGGGUUUCUGACAAGAACAAGACGGAUGUGGGAAGACACUGAAAGAGGAAGCAGAGCUCGCAGCUGAACUGCUGCCGCGUUGAAAGAAUGAAGUCUGCUGGACCACAAACGCAAGGGGCUUGAGCUGAUUUGGGUCAUGAGUCCUGCGGCGAGUUGCUGAAUGCUGUAAAAAUUCUUCUGGCAGUCAAGCGAUAAAAAGAAAGUCACAUGCAAAUUUGACCAUCAGAGACUCAUCAAAACACAGAGCAGGCAUGACGGAAGCAUCCAGUUUGCUGACUGCAGUCCUGACUGUCGUGUCAGUUGUUUCUCUGAGUCUGCUGUCGCUUCUGUGCCUCCGCUGCAAGAGGAAAUCUCUAACCAUUCAUGAAGAUUCUCAAGUAUACAACCCACAAACAUUUCAGCGUGGGGGAAGUAAAUUUGCGGUGGUUCGAUCAAAAACAGUCAACAGAGCCUAUCAGAUUUCUCCAACCACAGAAGAAGUUCCUGAGGAGGCUGCAUUUCCUGAAGCUCCCGAACAAUCUGACUAUCAAAAUAUCACAGAUUUUCCUUUCAAGUCAAGUCCAGAUUAUGUGGCACCAAUAGGAAUAUCUGUGUAUGAAAACACGACAAACGAUUCUGAUCUAAAUCAAGACAAUUAUGAGAAUAUUUUCACCUCGGAGCAGGUUGGAGAAGAUGAAGACUAUGAGAACUCUAGCUUCCUUAACAACGUGGUUGAGGAGUUGGAUUAUGUGAAUGAAAAUGGAGAAUGAAGUCUGGGAUGUCAAGAUCUCUCCACGUUCCUCCUGCUGUGAAAUCCACCUGCCAUCUAGUGGAGAAAUGAGGACCAGGGGAUUUAGUGGGCGGGCUGCAGCAGAAAACGUUUGAUGAAGACUCCAAAGUCUUCUAGUGCUCGGUUGGGUUUUGUGUGACAUACUUCUUUUAAUGACUAAUCAAAAGAAGUGUUUUAUUUCUGUGACAGAUCAAAGUAUUAAAUGUGUCAAACACACCGUUAC